AUGGUGGUUACAAGAAAUGAUCCUGAAGAAAGGAAGGCUCUACAGGGUUACUUGUCCAGCGAAUUCGAAAUGAAAGACCUCGGCCCCUUGAAACAUUUCCUUGGGAUCGAAGUGUCUCGAUCUGAUAAAGGGAUCUUUCUGUCUCAAAGAAAGUAUGCCUUAGACUUGUUACGGGAAACUAGUAUGUCAGCAUGUCAACCAAUUGAUACACCGGUGGAAGAAGGAUUGAAGUUAUGUAUUGAGUCUAAUCAGGUGCCAGUUGAUAAAGGAAGAUACCAGAGACUCGUAGGAAGAUUGAUGUACUUAGCACACACAAGGCCAAACCUUGCCUAUGCAUUAAGUAUUGUUAGCCAGUUUAUGCAUAAUCCUGGAGAGCAACAUAUGAAUGUAGUUCUGCGCAUUUUGAGGUAUCUGAAGUCUGCUCCUGGAAAAGGAAUUUUAUUCACUAGAAAUGAGGAUUAUCAAAGUGUGGAUGCAUAUACUGAUGCUAACUGGGCUGGAGUAGUAGAUGACAUGCGUUCUACUUCAGGUUAUUUCACCUUUGUAGGAGGUAAUCUCGUUACAUGGAGAAGCAAAAAACAGAAUGUUGUUGCACGAUCAAGUGCGGAGGCUGAGUUUAGAGCCUGUGAUAUUGCUCAUAAUCCAGUUCAACAUGAUCGUACAAAGCAUGUGGAGGUAGACAGAUUCUUCAUUAAGGAGAAGUUGGAUGAGAAGAUUGUGGUGUUGCCUCAGAUUCGAUCAGAGGAUCAGUAG